UCAAUUCUCCUUGGUAUAGGGCGCCAAAUUUACUAUUUCCUAAAGCCAUUCUCUCUCAUAGUUUUUCUUUUUCCACACAUGAACUCAUCAUUACCAUAAAUAUCUUCUUUUGAUGGUUUCUUCAUGCAGGUUAUCCCUUCACCACUCAGAGUAAAAAAGUAACGAUUUUGGUUUGCAGAAAGGAAAAUUUUUCCUUUUUGCAUUGUCUUUUCUUAGUGAAAUGAAUCCAGGAGCUCCCAUUGCUUGCAGGACGCGUUACAAGAGGAGAAAGUUAUUUGAGAAUGCGUUAAUAAUGAGUCGGAAGAAGAAGACACGGGAACCUGAAGCUGUUUUCUCGAAGGGUGAAGAUACACGUGUGAAAAUUGAACCUGUAUCAGUCCCUUCGUCAUCAUCUUCUGCAGCUGUUUCAAUGAAUAGUGAAAGAGUAUCUGAAAGUGAUUCUCAGGGUUUGGGAGGACAUGAGGAUGACCCAAUUGAAAUCAGUGAUGAUGACGACGGCAGUGAGUUUGAAGAGAGGAUGAGGGAUUCUGAGAGCAAUAUAUUUUGUGAUGAAAUAGAAGAGAAGAGUGACGAAGAUGAAGGGUGUUUUAUGUGGGAUGAUAAAGUUGAGAACUUUGACGAUGAUAACUGUGGUUGUGUAUCUGACAACCCGGUUGUAUUGUCGGUUGAUGAUGAUGAUGACGAAGAUGAUCAUGAAUAUGAUUUGCUUUGGUCUUCAACUGAUAAUGAGGAUCAUGAGACUGAAUAUGAUUUGCUUUGGUCUUCAACUGAUAAUGAGGAUCAUGAGACUAGCGAUGAAGAUUUUCAGGUUGCGGAUCAUGAUGGGUUUAAGUCUGAAGGCUCGAUCUGGGACGAGAGUGAUGACGAUGAUGUGAGGGGAGGUCAUAGGAAGAUAGUGAAGGGUAUGGUGAGAAAGAUGGAGAGUGAUGCCGAAAACAGUGGGAUUCGUAAAAGGGAAGGUAAUGAACAGGUAGACGAGGAGGAGCUAUGGAUUAUGGCUGAUUGUACUAGUGAGAUCUCUAGUAAAUCUGAGAUUUAUAAGAAGGAAGGACAACAUGCUGCACAUAAACAUGAAGCAAAGAGAGUGCAAAGUGUCAUUGCUGAUUCUGAAUUAUUUGGGGUUCACGGGGAAAAUUCAGAUUGUUUGAUGUCUUCUGAAGCACAGGAGCAUAUGAAGAAAAGUGAUAAAGAUUAUCAAAGUGUGACAUUGCAGAAACAGACAGGAGAUUCAACUGUUGUCGAGAAUAGUGCGAGAAAUAAAAAUAUCAAUGUUGACUCGGUGGAUAUUGAUGAUAUUAAAAGAAAAGAGAAUCAACAAAACAAAGGAACAGGUCUGAGAAGUGUUUCUUUUCGUCCCAAAAACCGAGAGAAGAUAGGAGAUUCGGCUAAAAUUGCAAUAGAAAAGGACAAGGAAGGGGAACUUAAAUAUUGGUUUAAUAGUAAUAACCAUAAGAAGGUCGGGGCAGUGGAUGAUGAAACAGGUGACAAUGAGUUGUAUGAUGUACCAAGGAUGCCAUCCACAUUGAAAAACAAAUGUUAUAAAAUUUUUACUGAAUGUUUUAUGGGCAAGAAUGAUUCUGUUAAGGAUGAUUCAGAUAAGUUGGAUGAAAAGGAUAAUGUUUUACUUUCUCGGGAGCCAAUCCCUUCGGAUUGUUGCGUUGUGAACGCAGAAAAACCUGUUGAAAAUUCAGAGCAAGAGGAGUUAGAUACGUUGUGGGCUGAAAUGGAUAUGUUGCUUCGAGCUGAAGAAAUUGGAACCCAGGUUAAUAAUAUGUCAAAGGAAGCAACAGAAAACGAAGAAGGUCCAGCCUCGAAAUGCAAGCAUGACACUAUUUUUGAUGAGCAGAUUGGGAUAUAUUGUAGAUGGUGUGGUUGGAUCGAAACUGAAAUCAAAUAUAUCACGCCACCAUUUGUGGAUUCUGAAAGAUAUGGUGGUAGAAUGGUGUCAUCCAGUGAAGGGAAAACCUCAGUAUUGGAAGGGGGUCUGUUUGAUGAGUCUGGUGAUGACUCGGAGGCAAUUUGGUCUCAGAAUGAAGGCACUGUUUGGGACCUUAUUCCUGACAUUAAACAAAGUUUGUAUCCUCAUCAACAAGAAGGGUUUGAGUUUAUUUGGAAAAACUUGGAAGGAAGUAUUGACCUUGCCAAAUUGAAGAAGGUUCAUCCUUGCAAUGAAGGAGGCUGCAUUAUUUCUCAUGCUCCUGGAACAGGAAAGACUAAGUUGACCAUGGUGUUUCUUCAGUCAUAUUUGCAAUUGUUUCCAAAGUGUCUACCUAUUAUCAUUGCUCCUUCCAGCAUAUUGCUUACCUGGGAAGACGAGCUAAGAAAGUGGAAACUAGGAAUUCCAUUCCAUAACUUGAACAGUGCUGAAUUAUCAGGGAAAGAAGAACUCAUCAAUGAAGUUGAUUGGUCUGGCAACCAGAGGCAGAAUAAGGAUGCCAUUCGGAUGGUGAAAUUGUGUUCAUGGUACAAAGAGAAGAGCAUUCUACUAAUCAGCUACAAUUUGUAUGAGAAGCUAGCAGGGGCCACAUCUGUAGGUGGUGGUGGGGGAAAAGAUAAGAAUAAUAAAAAGUUGGGGAAAAAGAAACAUGCAAAGACAAGGGAGUACAUUGAAAGUGGAAUGGGAAAGGUUCUGCGUGACUAUCCCGGUUUGCUAGUACUUGACGAAGGGCACACUCCUCGGAACCAUAAUAGUUAUAUUUGGAAGGUUCUUUCUGAAAGUAGAACUCAGAAGCGAGUUCUUCUCUCAGGGACUCCUUUUCAGAACAACUUUUUGGAACUUUACAAUAUUUUGUGCUUAAUGAAACCAUCCUUUCCUGAGAACAUCCCACAAGAACUCAAGAAGUUUUGCCAAAGUAGACUAAUGCAAGGAAGGAAAGCUUCGAAAGAAAUGAGUUGGGAACCUGUUUGUUCUGGAGAUCCAGCUGACGUAAAAAUAAACCAGCUGAAAGUGUUGAUGAACCCCUUUGUUCAUGUUCACAAAGGUAGCAUUCUUGAGAAGAACCUUCCUGGGUUGAGAGAAUGUGUGCUGGUUCUGAAGCCAGACAUUUUGCAGCAAGAAACUCUAGAGAGCAUUGAAUGCUCUCAAAACGUACUAAACUUUGAACACAAAUUGGCCUUGGUCUCAGUCCAUCCAUCCCUUUUCCUCAGCUGCUCCUUGUCAAAAAAAGAAGAAUCUAUUAUUGACAAGGAUAGGUUGGAAAAAAUUCGACUGAACCCUUAUGCAGGGGUGAAAACCAAGUUCCUGAUCGAGUUUAUAAGACUAUGUGAUGCAUUAAAUGAGAAAGUCCUUGUUUUCAGCCAAUUCAUUGAUACUUUAAACUUAAUCAAGGACCAGCUGGCGUCAGCCUUGAAUUGGACUGUGGGGAUGGAAGUGUUAUAUAUGUAUGGAAGGCUUGAGCAAAAGCAGAAACAGACCCUCAUUUAUAGUUUCAAUGAUGCAAAGAGCCGAGCAAAGGUGUUACUUGCUUCUAUAAAAGCAUCUUCUGAAGGCAUUAACUUAAUCGGAGCUUCAAGGGUCGUGCUUCUUGAUGUUGUUUGGAAUCCAUCAGUGGAAAGGCAAGCUAUUUGCCGAGCAUAUAGACUUGGACAAAAGAAAGUUGUUUUUACUUAUCAUCUUCUUGCCCAGGGCACCCCUGAAUGCACCAAAUAUCGCAAACAAGCAGAAAAGAAUCGGUUAUCUGAACUGGUUUUCUCAAAUAAAAAUUCUGAAAGCGAUAAGCUCAAGAGGAGUGGAGUAAUGCUUGAGGAUAGAGUUCUUGACGUCAUGGUUCAGCAUGAAAAACUCAAGGAUAUGAUUGGUGAAUGUCUAAUUCAACCUAGGAAGAGAGAUUUGGAGAUCUUGGGCCCUUAAUCCUUUGAUUAUUGGAAUUUCGUUAAGUUAGAUACGAUUGACUCAUGUUUUUGGUUUGGUUAAAUACCAAUCUUCAUUAUUGGCUCCAUUA